AUGCGCCGUGAGAUGGAGGAGCACAAUGACCUGGUCUUCUUGCCUGUCACUGAGGGUUAUCGAAUGAACAGCCGCAAGGGCCUGCUCUUCUUAGAAUGGAUCGCAGCGCGAGCGGAAGCAGAGUUUCUCUUGAAGACCGAUGACGACGUCUACCUGCGCCCCACGCCGUUGCUGAGGCAGCUGGAGCGUCGGAUCCCCGCACAGUACGCUUGGGCGAUUUUCGAUUAUAUCAGCCCGGUGCCACGGGAUGAGGAUGACAACUUCUACAACCCUGAGGAGACCUUCCCAUUCCCCGUCUUCCCGCCCUACCCGCGGGGUGUGGUGCGGGUCUUGUCCAUGGAUGUGGUGCGGCUUCUGGCCAAAGCCAGCCAGGAGGAUGACUUUGACAACCGAGUCUUUGCGAUGGAGCCGAGUUCCGUGGCAGCGAUGCGUUUGCGAAGACCGGAGUGUUUGAUGCGGUUUCCGUGCAAGAAGUUGGGAACCCAAGGCAAUCGUUGUCACCAGAACUUGUGGUCGAAGAUGACCAAUCGCACUUGGGCGAUUCACCACGUGAAACCUGAGCAGAUCUCCUGCAUGUGGUCUGCCGAUCUGGCCGCGGGCUACUACCAGGACACGGAUUUAGGUCUCCAAGUCGACGAGAGCCGGGAGUUGAACGAAUUUCCGGACCUUUGUGGCUGUGAUGAGAGCUUCUUCGAACGCAGCGACCUGGACAAGUUACAGGCGGAGACGCAGAGGAUCUUGGAGGAUGAGGAGCCUGGGAACGGGGGCCACCCCAGAGUCGUCUUUGCUGGGGGAGUUCAGAUAUUGGAGUCGGCGCAGAAAGGGACGCGGCAGCGGUCCCUGGAUGAUGACAUCAGGCUCAUGGCUGGUAGCAUGCUGACCUAUAGCAAUCUGAUCUACACGCAGGAAGGCACGGAAACACAGGCGGUGAAAAUGGUUGUGCGGAAGCAGCGGGAGAAGUUGUUGGGCUGUCUCAUGUUGCCCUUGGCCUUCAUGUACUUCAUUUUAUGUGCGCAACGGGCACUGAAUGGCACCGAGGACACACUGAUGGGAGACUUUUCACAGAUCUUCUUCACCCAGACGGACUGCCCGAGAUUGGCGUUGUACUUCCCCAUAUUAGAGGACAUGUACGGGCGAGCCAUCCAGCGGCCCCCGGCCACGGCGACGGACAAGUGGGGCACCUGGGGACAGGUGGGGGUCUACAACCAGAUCCAAGGUGCUAUCCGCUUUCAGCAGACCCGAAGAACUGCAGCUGGCUUUGGCAAGAUCUACAUGUGUAACAGCAAUGUGACUUGCUUCCUCUGUCGCAGCAAUCGCGGCUUCCAGCCCGCCUACCUGGUCUCGUCGGGCGAAUCUGCACCGAUUGAUUGCCUGGAAGCCUGGGGACCGGGGCGGACGCCUGGUGAUGUGUGUCUUCUGCUGAUCAGGAGUCCUCGGCGGUUGUCUUUGAUGCAACCAACUCUCCAGUCCUCAUUGCCCAAGGAGUCUUCGGAUGAGAUGCAGCUCUUUAGGUUUUACAUCUACCCCUCGGAGGAUCUCAGCCGCACCAUGGAGCGUCUGCAGUACUUCCGCGGCCGAAACUGGCUGGACGAGGUGGGUUUGUACUUGUUGAACUCGGAGCUUGGCCAGCCGAACAUGGAGCAGGUCACUCUCACCUUCUUCUUCGCAGAUGGCGGAAGCAUCUACUACAGCCGAGAUUUCCAAGCGAUUUUCUUCAAGAUCUUCCCCAAUACUCUCUGCAUGGUCGCUGAUGGUUUUUUCUUCCUCACCCUUUGCUUCACAGGUAUCUUGCAGGCGGUGGUCCUUUGGCGCGCGCUCCGGGACCGGCGCGUGAAGAAGUACCUCAGUGACAUUCGGAACUUGCUUGAGCUGCUGGUGAUUGCCAUCGGCAUCUAUUUCUGUGCCUUGUUCACAAUUCUCAGCGCAUUUAGAAUUUCCUGUGUGCAGCACCACGGCACCAGCUUCAAUCAUGUGCUUCAGUACAAUACAAGUUCAAUAAUCUAA